CUUUUUAACUCUUUUAGGAAUGAAGUCAACAAAAUGCUUCUGGGUUUUUAUCUGAGAGCCAUUUUACUUUUGAUUGGUGUACUUUCCAGUAACUUUGGACUGUAUAUUCUAAUAACUGCCCACAUUUGGAUGGGGUUUCCAACAGACACUACGAUGGUGUUUUACUUGUUGACCAACUUCAAAACUUUGAGGAAAAUUCUUGGAAAUGACAUACCUUGGAAUAUAGGUCGGUUUGCAGAAUUGGUUUCUGCAGCAACCAGAAUAAAUAAAAUAAUCAGAGCUGAAGAAUUCCAUCCAUGUACUUUCAAAGAUGCCGCGGAAUGCAAUCCAUUCUUGGAAUUAUUGGAGGUGACAGUUGAAAUGGGGAAUGAAAUAAUACUGAGUGAUGUGUCUCUUAAAUUGGAUUCUGGAUUGACAGUAGUGACUGGACCGGUCGGGUCUGGAAAGAGUUCACUUUUGAAGGUGAUAUUACAGGAUUACCCUUUGACAGGAGGAAAAAUAAACUUGAAUGGUUGCAUUUCGUAUGCAUCGCAAGAACCGUGGCUCUUUCCUUCAACCAUAAGACAAAAUAUUAUAUUUGGAGAAACAUUUGACGCAAAAAAGUAUAACGAAGUUAUACGAGUAUGUGCCCUUCAAGUAGACUUCAACCUAUUAGAAAAAUCAGAUGACACUAUUGUCAUUGACGGAGGGUUGAAUUUGAGUAAAGGGCAACGAACAAGGAUAAAUCUGGCAAGAGCUGUUUACAAAAACAGCGAUAUAUACCUACUAGACGAUUCAUUGACUGAUUUAGAUGGUCGUGUUCAAGACUAUAUAUUCAAAGAAUGUAUCAGAACAUAUUUGAAAGGUAAAAUUUGUGUCCUUGUUAGUCAAGCACCCAAUCAUAUAAACGAAGCGGACACUGUUAUAAUGGUAAAUGAAGGCAGAAUAAAAUAUUCCGGAAAGCCUACCAGAAUAAUAUUACAAGAGGUUGAGAAGAUCGUUUUCGAAAAGGAAAUUGGCGAAGAAGUAGUUGCUGACUAUGAUGAAUCUGAAGAAAAUGAAAGGCUUAUAGAUAAAGAAGAAACAAAGAACAAUAGAAUGUACAAGGAGGUAAAAGAAGAAGGAAAGGUCAAUAUCCGUGUUUAUCAUAAAUAUUUGAUAUUUGGCGGUGGAUUCAUCGUACUAAUUAUCAACUUAGCUUUGGGAGGUCUAGCUCAGACUUCGGAAAGUUAUUCUGAUAAACUACUAACCCGAUGGUGAGUUAUGUCAAAAAUAUUGAG